CCGAACCGGACUGCGAGGACCUUGAGAGUCGGGGUGGAGCGGACGGGGGUCCUGGGAGCUGGGGAACGGCGGCGGCCACUGCUUCUGGACGCUCCAUCCUCCAGGGGCAGCUCGGACUGGACGCCUGGGUCCUCCGGAUCCCGCCCCUAGGGGGCGGGGUUAGAGGUCCUGACCAAUGACAGGCCGCCCAGAGGCCCCGCCCCCGAAGCAUCACAAGUGUCCAAACCCGGGGAGCCCUGUCCUGGUGGGGGGAUUGCGCGAAUGCGGAAUCUGCAGCUGGUGAGUGCGCACCCCCAGGUCUCUGUACCGAUCCCGCCUCCAGCCGGUGCCCUGCAGAUCCGGCCCGACCAGGCGCCGGCAGUGACUCAGCGCGGGGAGGGUGGCGACUCGGCACUGGAGAUUCGAACUGUUCUGGGCCUUGAACGCCGGGAUGCGUGGGGUGAACAAGUGUCUUCGGAGCUGGUCGCGGGACACCAAGAUGCCUGACGAACAGCAGACACUGAAGGAGGAGGAGGAAGAGAUGCAAGAGGAGAUGGUGCUGCUGGUGAAGGAUGACAAUGAGGGUGAGGAGAAGUAUGAGGUGUUGAAACUCAAGAUCCCCGUGGACAACAAGCAGCAGGCCCCGAGCAAGGCCGCAGCGCAGUCCACCGACCCGGCGCGCCCACACGCGUGCGCGGACUGCGGCCGUGCUUUUGCGCGCCGGUCCACGCUGGCCAAGCAUUCGCGCACGCACACGGGUGAACGGCCCUUCGAAUGCCCCGAGUGUGGCCGGGGCUUUUCGCAGAAGUCGGCGCUGACCAAACACGGCCGCACGCACACGGGCGAGCGGCCCUUCGUCUGCACCGAGUGCGGCCAGCGCUUCUCCCAGAAGUCGGCGCUGACCAAACACGGCCGCAUGCACACGGGCGAGCGGCCCUACAAGUGCCCGGAGUGUGACAAGAGCUUCUCCGCCGCCUCGAACCUGCAGCAACACCGGCGGCGCCACACGGGCGAGAAGCCCUACGUGUGCACGCAGUGCGGGCGCCGCUUCGCUCAGAGCUCCAACUACGCGCAGCACCUGCGCGUGCACACGGGCGAGAAGCCCUACGCCUGCCCCGACUGCGGGCGCGCCUUCGGCGGCAGUUCGUGCCUGGCGCGCCACCGACGCACGCACACCGGGGAGCGGCCGUACGCAUGCGCCGACUGCGGCACGCGCUUCGCGCAGAGCUCGGCGCUGGCCAAGCACCGGCGCGUGCACACGGGCGAGAAGCCGCACCGCUGUGCCGUGUGUGGCCGCCGUUUUGGCCACCGGUCCAACCUGGCGGAGCAUUCGCGCACGCACACGGGCGAGCGGCCCUACCCCUGCACCGAGUGCGGUCGGCGCUUCCGCCUCAGCUCCCACUACGUCCGCCACCGUCGUGCGCACGUGCUGCACCGUUGCUAUAUCUGCACUGUGUGCGGCCAAGACUUCAAGCUGCCCCCCGGCGCUACGGCCGCCAGCGUCAGCGAGCGCUGCCCAGGGUGUGAGAGUAGGUGAGCCCCCUUGUCGCUGCGGCUGCUAGUGUCUGGCUGAGGAGGCGCAUGCCAGGGCCCUGACUCCCAGGGGCUGGACUAACUGGACAAGGACUGCGGGACCCUGGUCUGGGAAAGGGUAGGAUGGCAGAACUGGCUGCCCGGGACCUGGGAGACAUGGCAAAUCCCCUACUGGGAUUUUUGGGAACAGUGGCCUCUCCCACUUCAUUACAAAUCCUCCACCCGUGUUAGUGAAUAAAGUAUUAUAUCCUGGCGCA